UGCUGUCAGGAUGGUGAACAUCCCCAAAACCCGCAGGACUUACUGCAAGAAAUGUGGCAAGCACCAGCCCCACAAAGUGACCCAAUACAAGAAGGGCAAGGACUCUCUCUAUGCUCAGGGAAAGAGGAGAUAUGAUCAGAAGCAGAGUGGUUAUGGUGGUCCGACAAAGCCUAUCUUCCACAAGAAGGCCAAGACCACGAAGAAGAUUGUGCUGAGGCUUGAGUGUGUGGAGCCCAACUGCACCAUUAAGCACUUUGAGCUAGGAGGAGACAAGAAGAGAAAGGGCCAAGUGAUCCAGUUCUAAACUCCAUCUUGUUCAUUGUUAUGGAAUCCAUUAAAGUAUGUGGAAAGAAAAAACAAAACAAAA